AUGGCCAUCCUCGGCUCACACCAGGAAUCACACGCUCCGAGCUACAGCGAUCUCCUCUUCGACCUCCUCUUCGCCGCCUGCCUCAACACCUACAGCAAUGCCGUCUCGCUCGAGAAAUUCGGCGAUGUCGCCGCCUUCACUGGCUACUUUGCCGCGCUCUGGUGGGCAUGGUGGAGCCAGGCCUACUUUGACGUUCGCUACCGGCGUCCUUCGCACUCGCAUCCGUUCCUCUUCAAGUCGAGCCAGCGUAUCAUUCGAGCUGCUGUGCUGGGACUGUGGGUCGGUUUUUCCACCACACCCUCCGAGUUCUCGAGAGCCAGCUUCACCAACUUUACCUUGAUCUAUGGCGCCUCUCGCAUCGCCCUGGCUGUCGACUAUGCGGUGGUGCUUGUCUACGAUCUCGUACGCUGGCGCAAAGUCCGAAGGGUAGGCACUGUAGCUCACGGCAAAAGUCAGGUAAGCCCAUCGGAAGAGCUCGACGAGAUCCCAUCUCAACACAGUGGACAGCACGGGAGACCGACGGGCAACAUCAGCGGCAUCAUUCGGACGCACCUAAUCUCGAUCGCUGCGCUCGUCGCGUCCGGUUUACUUUGGAUCUGCAGUCGAUUCCUGCGGCACCGAGGGAUCCGAGCACCCGUGCUGGUCAUGUGGAUCCUCGGCGUCGGCAUCGAAGCUGCAGCUCAGAUCUUCAAUGAGAUGGGCGGCGCCCUCUCGCCCCUCGGCGAAAGCGUGUUGGCCGAACGACUUGUUCUCUUUGGCCUGAUCAUCCUCGGCGAAGGCUUCACGGGUAUCUCCGAGACGCUCAAUCGCAUCAGUCCCGGUGCCAAGCUGCGCAAUGAUACGCUGGGCGGUCCAUCGAUCGAGAGCGGCGGCUGGAGCGGCGAUACGGUCCUCCAAGCGGUGAGCUGCGUUCUCAUCGUCGUCCUCCAAUUCGGCGGCUACUUUCAUCGAGCUACGAGCCAGAUCGACAUGCGAUCGGUGUUGAUCGUGCUGUGGGCGUAUAUUCACGUUGUGCUGCACAUGGCAUCGGCGCUGCUCGUCAUCGGGCUCAAGAAGAUCCUCGCCUUUAUGAACACGCUCAAUGCCUUCGGCCGCUUCAUCGACUACCCGGCGCUCUACCUGUCGAACAGCACCGAAUCACAGAACAUCACGUCCGCGCUGGCGAGUCAGGCGGACGACAGCGAUGGUUCGGACCUUCUGUCGAACAACACGGCGCUGGCGGGGGUUGCGAGCAUCAUGGCGGUGAUCCAAAGUAACGACGGAGCGAGCAUUCCGACUGUCGAGCAGGCGCGGGCGCUCGUAGCGUCGGUCGUUGGACUCUCCGGCGGCCUAGACCGGGCGAAGGCCCUUAUGGCAGAGGCGAACGUGACCAACGCCAACAACGCGCUCUCGUCCCAAUUCGCCACCUCCCUCGUGCUGCCGUUCAAGUCCUACUUCGAGUUCGCCGACAACGUCAUCAACCCGGACUCGAUCAACCAGUACAUUGUCAAGUCGCUCUUCCAGUUCAAGUACAUCUACGUCGCCAGCGCCGUGUACCUCACCACGGACAUUGUGAUCAAGACCAUGCAGAGCGGGGCGAACCGGAGGUUGCGGUCGUUCAGGUUGGCGAUGGUGGUGAGGUUUGCAUUUGCCAUAGUGCUGGUGCUGUUGCAGGUGGUGUUUACGGAGUUUGACGGCGCGCCGAGCGAUGCGGCGCUGGACGGGGCGUUGGCGAUCUGUGCGGCGGUGCUGCUGGCGGAACUGCUGGCUCAGCAGGUGGUGGACGCAUGCAGAGCGAGAUUGGAUCGCCCGCGACCGGCGAAGGCAAGGUCGCCGUGGAGGUCACUUGGGUUUGGAAAGAGUUCUCACGGGCAGUCACGCAGCAGCUCGCCAGAGUCGAACACGGACAAGGCAGGCGAGGAGAUCAUCGAGAUGACACCGCACCACGAGCUGGACACCACUCAGAAUCGGCCCAGCUACUGA